AUGUCGACGCUAGAUUUCUUGACAUCUGAUCCUAUGGUUGGCCUUCAUGGAACUGACAAUUCAGACAAGUUGCACGAUGAGAGUGACCUGUUUAUGUUCGAUCAGCACGAGGUGGUUAAUGGAACCUCCAAUGGGCUUACAAGCAACACAGAGGAGGCACGUUCCUACAAGCGUGCUACCCUAGUGGGUUUCAGGAAGUCAAGAAGCUUCUCUGAAAAUGGAAGUGUGCUUCCUUCAUUGAGAGGGAUACUGAAAGGAGGGCGGCAGAGACGGAUGUCAGAGACAUCUGGGAUAUCUUCUUAUGACUCCUCUGAUGACAUCUUCAGCUUUGGUUCCUCGUUUCAUGAUCCUUCCAUAGAUUCUGAUAUUCAUGAAGAAAGCUGUGAUGAAUCUGGCUCAUUCAAGAAGACAGUCCGGUUUAAUGAUGUCGUUUCUCGUCAGUUGUACCGGUCAAAUUCCAGUAUAUUAGGUCAGAGAAAGAAGAACCAGCGAAAAGCUAUGAAGAAGCGGAGAGCAGCUGAGCGUCGCACUAGUAACUGUGAAAGUGAGAGUGAAUCGUGGUUGCCCAAGGAUGAGAUGAAUGAGGUCAUGCAAGACCUCUCUGAUCUCUCCCUAAGUAGUACUGGUGAUGAAGAAUCAGGAAGCAGCACCAUGGAUGAAUGUGAGAAUGGCAAUGCCCCAAGUAAAAAGAAUGGAAAAAAGAAGAAGAAGAAAGGGAAACGUGACAGACGUAACAACAAGUUGACCAAAGAGACCGAAAUGGUGCUCAGCUCCAGUGUUUGAGUUCUUUCAUACCUCUCUGGGAAAAAAAUGCAUGAAUUGCACAUAGUAAAAUGAAAUUGUCCAUGAUUUUUCCAGAUUUUUAGCCAUGAAGUUUAGCCUCUUCAGUGUGUUACUUUUUUCAGGGAUAUCCUCAUAUAUUGUAGUGAUCCAGGAAUAAUGCCUUUCCUAUCUGAUUUUUUGCAUGUGCUUGUUUAGUUGGAUUAUUGUUGCA